AUAACGAUGCUUAGUUUAAGUCAUCAGGUAAUUAGAAAAUAUGAAUCUAUCCCUUCAUUAUUUCAAACAAUACGUUGCUGCUCAACUGAAUCGUCACCUAUUAUAAAAAAAGAAGCUGCUGAAGUUUUCUUUGACCGUUGUAUCAAAGGUUGUGAGAAACAAGUAGUAAAAAAAAAGCAUAUCUCGCUUUCAAAACGUUUAAAGAAAAUAGGUUUAAAACCUGUUUGGCAAGAGUUAUCAAAAGACGUGGAGUAUACUCGCGUUGAACCACCUUCAAAAGUGCCUGUGGCAACUCUUGCUCAUGGUUUAGAUAGAGUAUUAUUCAAUCCGGGAGUUCAUUAUUUAAAAGAUCCUAGAACAAAUCACUAUAAUUUUACACCCUUUUUAGAGAAUAUUACACAACCUAAAAAUUUUGAUUUUGAAACUAUUAAACCCUAUAUUACUUCCUCAAAAGAUGAGAGCCUGAUAGAGUUAGCAAAAUCAUUGAAUAAAUCUUAUGUAGGCUCAACAUCUUCAGUAUCAGCCAUUUUGUCUCAGUUUUAUUUUUUAAUGUGCAACUUUAAACAAAUAAAUGCAUCAUGUUUCUCCAAUGCUUUUAGAAGAGAGCCAAAAAAAUUUACAAGGGGUAUAAGGAUGCCUGUGUCUAUUUAUUUGAGAUGGAAUGAUGGUGUGUAUGGAAUAGAUUUAGAUAAAGCAUAUGACUUGGAAGAAACAGUAUUAUCCUUGAUGGGUAAAUCAUUAGAAAAGGCAUUAACACUCGAACCGAAUGAAUAUGAACGAUAUCUUAAAGAUGCUUCAUCGAAAAUUACUGAAGAAGAGAGAAAUAAACCUGAAUCAUAUGCUUAUGGAGAGUUUGGCGGUCUAUUAUUGAGAUCACAAUUGGAUUGUCAUGAUUCUCGUUUACCUAGAUCCACCUUUGAUUUAAAGACAAGAGCUGCAAUACCUAUUCGAUUAGAUGUCCAAAAUUAUACUGAUUAUGCAGGAUAUACUUUAAGACGAUCUCAUGGGCUUUAUGAAUCAUUUGAACGGGAAUAUUACGAUAUGACAAGAUCUGCUUUUUUAAAAUACAACUUUCAGGUUAGAAUUGGGCAUAUGGAUGGUAUCUUAGUGGCAUAUCAUAACACACAAAAAAUAUUUGGAUUUCAAUAUAUUUCUAGAGAAGAAAUGGAUACACGAUUGUUUGGAUCUUCUAAAAUAGGAAAUCAGGUAUUUCGUAACUCUUUAAACAUGUUUGAAUUUGUUCUGAACAAAGCAACAGAGAAAUAUCCUAAACAAACAUUAAGAAUCUCGUUUGAUACUCGACAAAAUAAAAAUGAAACAGAAUCUAUGACAUAUAUCUAUGUAGAAGCAGUCCCCGAUUCACAGAAUAAAGAAGAAGAUUCGACAGACGAGUUCUUUCAAAUGGGAGAAGAAAAUCGUAUGUAUGAGCCUUAUAAAGAAAUAACCAUGUACGAAUUACUCGCAGACUCCCAUAUAAAUGGUAAACCUGCACAAGGUUCUUUUAAUUUCAAGCUACCUUAUGAUUGGAAUCUUCGUAUCUGUCUUAGAGAAAUAUGUGAAAACGAUGAUGAGGGGAAAAGAAACAGAUUUAGAGCAAUGCGUAAAACUCAAGCAGGUGUUCGUCUAGCAAAAGCAAGCCGUCCAAAUCCAAUACUUCUUAGACUUAAAAAAAUAAGUGAAACCUUUUUACGAGGAAAAAAUAAAGAAUAAGUCUUUAUUUAUUUAUUAUUAUCUCUCUCUUUUUUUUUUUU